GGAGCGGUGGGGGGAGAAACGACAGAGAGAUGCGGAGCUUUUUAGGAGCAGAAACAUCCAGACAACCUGUGAAGCUCCACCACAUGUCUCCUCUCUCCGAUAGAGGAGAUUCUCAUCAAAGCGUCCAGCAGCUGAUUUGUGGGGCCAUUACAGCACACUUCAGCCAACACAACCUGAGUAAGUUCCUCACACACCUCACAGCUCACCUCCAGUGUCAGAUCAGGAGUGUUUGAACAUGACGGGUCAGACUGUGGGAGGCACCAUCCAGGACCUGUCAGUGCCCUCACUGAUGGCUGUGGAAGGACUCGGGUCCAGGCCUCUGGGAGGGGCCGGGUCCUUCACUGAUGAGGCUGUUUCCAUACUGACCUCCACAAGCCAGCUGGCCCGAACCCUCCUGGGUCGCACUUUUGCCCUCAAACGCAAAGAGAGCCUCACCAGCGCUGAAGCCAAGGCUGGUAGCAGCGGCGAUGAAGAAAGCGGCAGUAGUACACGUCGCAAACGAGAGUUUAUCAAUGAGGAGAAGAAAGAUGAAGGCUACUGGGACAAGAGGAGAAAAAACAACGAGGCAGCCAAGCGGUCCAGAGAAAAGCGGCGAGCCAAUGACCAGGUGCUGGAGCGGAGAGUCCUGGGUCUGCUGGAGGAGAACGCUCGCCUGAGGGCCGAGCUGUUGGCCCUGAAGUUUCGCUUCGGCCUGGUCAAGGACCCAUCUGACGUGUCCAUCAUGCCGCUGUCUGCACCCCUCUGUCCUCACCCAACACCCAGCACAACACAUUUCUACCAGCCUCACACUGAAGGAUCCUCGUAUCACAACGCGCAGCCCAGCCCCAGCACCCACCACAUCCACCCUCACCCUCCGCAGCAGGGUCCAAUGUUUGGACAGAGGGGAGCCAGGCCUCUGUCAAAUCCUAGUGUAUCCGAGGAGUCCGGUGUCUCCACCUCAUGUAGCUCAAAUGUGGGCAGCCCUGUGUUUUUUGAUGGCAUGCUGAGUGAGCGUGGCGGCCCUUCUCCAAGGGAGCUGGCGGAGGAGCAGCAGUGCUACGACUCCCACGCCUGUCCCCUGGAGGUCAGCGUGAGUCAGUAUGUAAACAGACAAGACUCAUCCGAGGGUUUGAGGAGCCUCCCUCACAAGCUCCGCUUCAAAGGCCCCAGCAGUUGUAGCGAUGUAGGGGAGAUGUCUCCAUCCUCUGAUACCAGACACAGUGGACCACCUGUAGCCACAGUGGGGCCAAACAUCCAGGUGAGAAACCACCAGCAAGGGGGGUGGGACAGUCGAACAGAGAGUCAGGCUCCUUGGCCCAGAGAGGAGUCCUGCGGUGGACUUGGGCAGCAGUAUCAGGGCCCAUCCUCUGGAUAUUAUAACUCAUCUUCUCUGCCGAACUCCAGGGACACCAAGUAUUCGACAGAUGACAUCAGUCUCAGGUCACAGAUCAGCUGCUUGUCUCAAGAAGUGGCUCAGCUCAAGAGGCUGUUCUCUCAGCAGCUCUCCAAGACGGCUUAAAACCUGCGCACAAGAGGAUCAAGUCUGGACUAAAGUUAAUAGACAGAUUUCACACAGCAUCUUUCCAAACCAUCAAUCUUACAGACUGCUGAUUUCCAUAGGCCAGCAUGGCCCAGUGUAAACAGCUACCUCGGAAGUAACUGGCCAUAUUUAUGACACCUGUUUCACUGGUAAUGCUUAGUUUAGGAGCCUGUUUGUUCUGUGAUGAUCAACACAUUUACCUUUUAAAAUAAUGCUUAAUGACUACAAAACUAAAGUGAUUUCACUACAUAUUGACUUCCUGACAUUUGAAGGACACUGUACGUUUCUGAAUACUUAACUGAGCAGGUCUGUCAGAAACACUGGAACAUGUCACAUACAUGUUGUCUUGACUCAGAUGGCCAUUUUGUCUUCUUUGGGACAACAUACAGUUUGUAGGCUUUUCAACACAAACUGUUUAUCCAUAUUACGAUGUGUUAAAUAUCUUGUGUUGCCCGAAGGAAGACAGAGAAGUGUGUUAAAAAAUAUCUUUUUUGUUUUUUUGAUCUUUAUAUGUUGUUUACUGUAUCUGGUUUAUCUUAUGACAGCAAGGUACAGUACAAAUAAUUGUGCAUUUCAUCUUUGUUCAGAGUAAUUGUAAUUAAUUGUACUUGAAAA